AUGAAAUUGUCUGCUGCUCUUGUUUCCGCCGUAGCCGCGAGAAAAUGGAAUCCCUUUGGCAACAAGCAAAAGCUCUUGUCUGUCCCAAAAUCUGCUCAGGCUCAUCGUGAUGCUCAUGGUGACCAGGGCGAAUAUGGCGAUCUUGUCGUUCAGCCAUGGCAAGUGGACAUCCUUGUCAAGCACGGCUACGAUGCGGACAAGCUCAACGUCGACGAAACUGCGGGAAACGACCCUCCGAACGGGCGAGGACUAGUCACACCUGUCUUCCAGCACAAAUUCUGCGACGGCUUCAAAGACUGCCUCAACGGAGAAGACGAAGACGGCCGUCUUGCGACUUGCGCUGAGGGUGAAAAAACCGCGCUUGGUUGCUGCAAAAAUCUUAACAUGGACUUCUUCGGACUUGGCACUUGUGUUGCCGGUGGCUCAAUCGUCAACGGGAAAGACGUCUACACUUGUGACCAUCCAUAUAUAAUAAAAUGGCAAUGGAGCUCGUCAGGUGGAUGGACUGGUUGCGCAAACGACUCGUGCAGCAGCAGAUAUACGAGGACUGGAAACGGAAUAGCGGAUGUGCCAUGCUUUGGCGACGCUGGAGAAUUUUCCUCUGAUUUUCAAUGGGACGGCAACGCUGUCAGUAGUCUCGGUUGUCAGUCUGGCGAUGGACCUGCUACUCCUACUCCCUGCGCUGAUCACAAUUGCGAUGAUAAUCAACGAUGCGUCAACAACGAUGAUCUUUCUGGAUACACCUGUGAGUGCCGAGAUCCAGUUAACAAACCCUGUGCGACAACAACCACCACUUCUACCACCACAACGACCACAACAACUACGACUACAACAACAACGACUUCCACAACAACGACGACGACGACAACAACAACUGAACCACCAACUUGUCCUCCGACAACUGGAUGUGAUCCAGCCUGCGAAACUGGAUUCACUUGUUUAAAUGGAGAAUGCAUCGAUGAAGAUGAGUGUUCCACUGGCAAUCAUAACUGCCACUCCUAUGAAAACUGCGCAAAUCUACCGAACGGAAGAGGGUACAAAUGCGAGCCAGGGAAUCAAGAGUGCCAAAUGCAUCACAAAUUUGCUGAGUGGAAAGGACGCCAAAACGUCAAAUACAUCUACAAGGGAGAAGACUCCGUCAUGCUCCAAGUCAAAUUUCGAUCUAAAAACAGAUUCGUCAAUCCCCGAUCCGAGCUCUACAAGGGUUUCGUUUUUUGGACCAAAGACGUUUGCGGAAUGGACUUCAUGAAAAAACUUCGAAGCGGCGAAGUUCGAAUCGACCUUGUCGACACAACCGAUGUUUAUCGACUCGGUGAUGUCUACUUCCGAGAUGCUGCGAAGUACACUCACGCUGGCUUUGAGUUCGAGUUGACUCAACUGGUCGAUAAGGACACCCCUUGGGCUUUCAAGGGCGGCGUUGCUACUAAAAAUAUGGGAUCUGACGAUGUCCAGGUUAUUCUCACCGGGCUCAAGGAUGUCCAGUGGAUCGACGCUAAGGGCCGAGACUGGUGCCUAUUGACAGCUGCUAAUGCGAUCGUUCCUCUUGAAAACAGCGAUUUCCCAGACUACCAUAUCAUGUGUCUUGCUGAAGCAAAGACUUUCUGGAAGUCUCCUUCGGAUCCGAAUGCAUAA